UAGUCUUAAUUUUGCAGUCGUGUAGGCACAUUCAGUUCGCCGCGCUAUGUAUCUCACACAGACUGUAAAUUCUUAUCGUUAGUGGUUAACUUUGCUCAAAUUUAGCCAAAUGAUUCUGCAUUUCGCAGCCACCGUAUGCUUUUUAUCCGAGUCCAAUUUUGAAACUUCGUUUUAUUCGAGUUUCUCCAGUAUUAUAAUCAUCGUUAUGCUUAUGUUAUUAUUAUCGUGAAACAUCGUUGUUGCAGCUGUCAGGAGUGAAAAACCACAGUAAAUCACCAUUAAUCUUAGACCUCAAAGACAAUGAUGGGACAGUUUCUGAGCCACUUCUUCCCUGACAACAUUGCAAGAAAUGCAUUUGCUACGUAUGGCGCGCAUAUGGAAGAUGGCAUUAGUAAAUUUGGAGAUGACUUGCAACAGGCUGCUGUGGCAUUACGCGGUAUGGAUUUAAGCUCAAUCGGGUCGCAGUUUGGUCAACACCUCAAGAACGCAUCCAAAUCUUUUGAAAACAUGCGACUUCACGGCUUGGACGCAGCCGGGCGCGACCAUGGAAAGCUAUUCGGUGAAAAUGUUUUGCGUGCAACCGAGCUAUUAACCAGUCACGGAAUCAAAGUAGUUGGCCUGAAAGGAGUGGGUCGUGAUUUCGGGGUAAAUUUUGCUGAAAGGCUGACUGAAGUGGCAAAAAUAGUGAAAGAUUUUAAAAUACAUAUCAACGGGCUCAGUAAGCUUGGCCUGGCUGAAUUUGGACACAGCGUGGAUAAUGCUUUCUCUCAUCUUGAAAGAAUACGCGUGGAGGCUCAAGGUGACAUCGGGCCGCGCACCUAUCACGCAUUGCAUUCUGGAUACGCCCUGGUUACUUAUGGCACAUAUAUGGUGUUUUUACUACUCAUUUUGUUGGGAGUAAAUGCCUUGCGGUAUCAUGACUUCGGACUGUACAUUAUUGGGGCGAUCACUGUAACGGGAUCCAUCGCUUACUUUCGGAUGUGGAAUUCAGUGACUCCAGCACCUGUAGUGCAAAAUCGAGCAUGUUCACCCCUCGAAUUAAAAGGGUUUAGGGAGUACGGUGGAGGCAUAUCCAGCGCAUACGGACCGUCGGCUUUGGAUCUCCAGGGAGCCAACAACCCGUGCGCGCGGCCCGGUGCGGGUGGGUCAGGGCAAAUGUUGCUCAGUUACCCGGUGGAAGGCGGACAGUCAGGAUCCAUCAGUACGUACAUCCAGGCGUGAUCCUACUCCCACACGUCAUCGUAUGCCGAAAGUGCUCGGCUAACAUCAGGAUGCCGAAAGUUCCCGGCUAUAUAUCACCAAGGACGGCCACAGCUGUACCAGAUUGAAAUAUUUUUACCCACAACCAGGGCGAGCUCGCCCUUGGAUGUACGGGUACGCCUGAAUAUAUAAAUACUUAAUACCGCUCGUUGCUCGAAAUCUUUCAAGUAACAUUGAGGUGCUGUAGUUUAGUGAUUGUGUGUAACAUUUCAAUCAUAUCAGAACAGAAACUAGAAGUGACUACUGUUAAAAUCCCUUUAUUUUGAUUAAACCGCGCAAUUCGCUUUAACCGAAACUCGACUUUCCAGCCCAUUGGACUCGGUUUCCAUAUUUACUACCUUUUUAAAACCCUCCAGUGCUCUU